AUGGUACGCAGAUGCAUUUCUAUUAUUGGAUCAGGGCCAUCAGGGUUUUACACUGCCCAUCAUUUGCUACAAAACGCUAAGGUUCCAUUGGAAGUGACUAUAUGGGAGAAACUCCCAGUACCCUUUGGUCUUUCUAGAUAUGGUGUAGCACCUGACCACCCCAAUGUGAAAAACUGUGAAGAGACGUUUACCGAUACAGUGAAUAAAGUUAGAAAUGACAAAGAUUCUAUACACAAGUUCAAUUUUAUUGGCAAUUGUGAAGUGGGCAAGGACGUUCAGCUUUCCGAUUUAUUAAAGAAACAAGAUGCUGUUGUAUUAAGUUACGGUUGUGCAACAGACAAUAAACUUGGAAUUCCAGGUGAAAAUGAUACAGAUGGUGUUUUCACGAGUAGACAAUUCGUCAAUUGGUACAAUGGUCAUCCAGAUUUUGCUUUACACCCAAAGUUUAUGGACUUUGAUUGGAAGAGCGUGAGAAAUGUGGGUAUUAUCGGUAAUGGUAACGUCGCUAUAGAUAUAGCAAGAUUGCUCUUGAGUAGUACUGUUUCAUCAAUUUGGGGCUCCACAGAUAUAAAUCCCCUUGCCUUGGAAAAGCUGAGACAAGCACCUAUUGAAAAUGUGAAGAUAAUAGCUAGAAGAGACUUCCCUAACAGUAAAUUCACAAAUAAGGAAAUAAGAGAGAUGUGGCAACUUGAGAGUUAUGGUGUGAAAGGUCAUAUUGACAGCAAGUUCUUCACACCUGAAAAGUGGAAUAUGAAAGAACAAGCAAGGACGUUCAAGAGAUGCGUUGAUCUCUUUUCCGAGUAUGUCAAACCUUAUGAAGAAAGAUCAGCAAAAUACAAAAAAUUACCACAACCAGAAAACGGUGUAUUUACAAAGCACUGGGAGCUUGAUUACUUAAAAACUCCAUUAGAAAUCAUUAAAGAUGGAUCAAGCAACCGCAUCAAAUCCUUGAAAUUGUGCAAUAAUACUAUGUCAGAGUCGAAUAGGGUUAAUGCUCAUCCAGAUAAAACCCUUGAGUAUAAUUUAGACUUACUUAUCACAUCAUUAGGCUACAAAGGAUCGCCAAUGUCGGGAUUUGAAGAGCUCAAAAUUAAAUUCGACAGGAAUAAAAUAGCUAAUUCCCAAGGGAGAGUACUGGAUACUCAAGAAAACACUAUUCCAGGCCUUUAUGCUACAGGAUGGAUUGGAAAAGGUGCCGAAGGUGUCAUUCUAGCAACAAUGACUAAUUCUUUUGCGGUGGCUGAAAACAUUCUAAAGGACUUACACUCAUUACCGCCUAAGACUACCUCAAUUCCAUCUCUAGAAAACGUCAAUUCUACUACAUGGGAAGACGCUGAAAAAAUACUAAGCUUCGAGGAACAAGAAGGGAAAAUGAAAGACAAACCACGUGAAAAAUUGCUCACUGUUCAAGAAAUGCUUAGAGUAGUUCAGCAUUAA